AAAAGGAAGGUGCAAUAGUAGCGGCACACAAAAAAAUUGUACAACUUUUGUCCUUCGUGCACAGUAAGAAAAAAUAUGGAGAAACUGUGGACAAAAUUAUAUAAAAAAAUAUAAAACAAUAAUAUUUACAUAAAAUGUGAAAAAAGUAGAAGUGCAUAAUGUAUAAAAAAUAAGCCACUAAUCAAAAGUUCUAACUAUUAAAUAGAAAAAAAGAUGUAAGAUAAUGAUUUGUAAAAAGGAAGAAAAGGAAAAUAGUGGAGAGAAGGUGUAGUAACAUAGAGUAGUGGCGUAAAAUUACAAUUAAAUAGUAAAAGGUAGUAGACGUGUAAUAAGAGAAAUCGUGAAUAUAUUUUAUUUGUUUAGUGAUUGAAAUACAAUAUUUAAAAUCGAAAAUAUUUAUUUUUGCCGGCACAAUAAAAUUACGAAAAUUAGGAACUUUGCUCAUGUAAAAAUAAACUCUUAAAGAAAUUGUUUUGACUAUAUGUGUGCCGUGUAUUGAUGGGAUGAGGCAUUGAUCUUUCACAAUGUUGUGAACCGUGCAAUGUAAAGACACUAAAAACUAAUCGGAUUUUUACACAAAAAUAGAAGAAAAAAGUGGCAUGUUUAUUGUUAACAGUGGCAGCAGCAUUAAAAAAACUACUCCAUAAUGCUUGUCGCUACGCCGGCACAGUCUGCCUCAUAUGCACUGAGCGCUGCUACCAAGAAAAUAUGUCACAACAACGCAACCGCCACACCGAAGGGUUCCUGUGGCAAGAACAGCAACAAUGGGAGCAGCAACAACAAUAUCAAUGUGCUCAAAACUACACCCAGAGCGAUUGUCAACAAAUUAAUAGAGUCUUCCAAUAAUACCAACUUUAUAAAGACACUAUCGGUUCGCCUAAAUCGUGGAACUGAACUAUUGAAAGACGCUGUGCAAAAGACUCUAAAAGCAACAUCGAAUGUAACCAAUGCAAGUGCUAGCGCAAAUCCGAAUCUGAUAAAUAACACCACCAACAACACUACAUACUCAACACAAAUUACCACUUCGACCUCAUCUAAUCGACCUGUACCAUCAGCUGCUUUUCUAAAGAAAUACACCGUCCCGCCCACCGAGUUACAUAAACAUCCCAAGGAGCGACUGCAAACUGCUAGCGUUGAUAGUUUACAUAAAGAAUUGUGCCAUUUCAUUCCCAUACGAGCAGUACCCCCAACACAUUGGAAAAGUCAUACCAAAUCACGUGGAAAUGGAGUUAUUAAGCCGAAGAUGCGUAAGGGAAUAAAAAUUUUUUUGAAUUUAAACUGUGAUGAUCCUUUGGCUGAAAGCACAAAAAUCAAGGAAAGUAGCAAUGCUGAAGCAACAAAGAUCUACAUACCAAAGCCAAGUUUAGUAACGUUUAAAACAAGCCUACAGUCAGCAUUCGUAUCUAAGAUGACGCGAUCCAAAAAAAUUACUAAACCUUGGCCUAAUCGUGCCAAAGCUAUUGAUACCUUACGUAAGACUAGAAAUAAUAACAAAGCAGAACAAAGAACGCCUACAUCGUCCUAUGCGGGAACUUCACGAGUAAAUACAAGGGUAAAAAAAAUACUUCUAGAAAGCGUUAACUUUGUCGAAAAUAUGGACGACGUAUUGCUGGUAACGAAAAAUACCUCUCAACCAACACGUAAGAGAGCAGCUAAAAUAAUUCCUCCUAUGGCUGAAAAGUUAUUUAAACAAAAUAGACCUAAUCGCAAAGAAGUGCAAACAAAAACCAAAGCAAGAAGAAGAGCUAAUAUAAAAGACCCUAUUUCUUCUUUGCCAACGCCUAGAAAGAGAAACAAACCAAAACACGUCCAAGUUAUUGGGCGAACCAGAAGCGUUAAACGUAAAUUAGUUGAAGCAACUGAAGUAGAGCAAAAUGAAAAUGUAGAAAUUCGUGCUCCAGCACGAAAGAGACAAAAACGUGCUGCUGAUUCGAAUACUGUGCAGCAAUGUUAUACUGGCUCAAAACAGAAAAGAAAGAUUGCUAAAAAUAACUCUAAAGCUCAAUUGGAAAAAGUACGCAACACUCCUCCAUUGACCAGAGCACGGCGACGAAUGAUGCCCGAGGAAAAAUUAUGGGAAUUUGUUGACACGCCGAAAAAACGUUGAGCUGUAAAUCUCAACGUUUAUAGAAGAUUGUGACUCUGCCUUAAACAAAUUGCUUCUAUACAUUUCCAUUUAAUAUAAUUAAUAUUUAAAAUUUAUGAAUCUCUAAUAUAAAAUUAUUUAAUA